AUGAGCGCGCCGGGGGGCGCUGACCCCUCGGCCCCGGCCAUCGGCAGCCCGCCGGGGGCCGAGGAGGAGCAGGUGGAGGUGGCGGCCAUCGCCCUGCAGCCCCUCUACGGCCUGGUGGGGCUGGUGGGCCUGGCCGGCAACGGGCUGGUCAUCUUCGUCCUGCUGCGCCGCGCCUCGCCGCGCCCGGCCACCAGCACCUACCUGCUGAACCUGGCCGUGGCGGAUGCGCUGUUCCUGCUCAGCCUGCCCUUCGUGGCCGCCGCCGCCGCCCUGCGCCGCUGGCCCUUCGGGCCGGUCCUGUGCUGGACCGUGCUGGGCGCCUCCGGGCUCGCCAUGUUCGCCAGCGUCUUCGGCCUGGCCGUGCUCAGCGUGGACCGCUACGUGGCCGUGGCUCACCCGCUCCGGGCCACCGGCCGCCGCCCCCGUGUCGCCCGCCUGGUCAGCGCCGGCGUGUGGCUAGCCGCCCUGCUGGCCUGCUCGCCCCUCGUCGCCUUCCCCGGCCCUCCGCCCGGCUCGGAGGCCUGCGGCCUGCACGGGCCCCGGCCGGCCCGGUCGGCCGCCUCGGUCCUGUACACCUUCUCCCUGGGCUUCGUGCUGCCCGCCCUGGCCGUCGGCCUGUGCCACCUGGGGAUCGUGGGCCAGCUGCGGGCCGCGGCCCUAAGGGCCGGCUGGAGGGGCCGUCGCUCCGAGGGCCGGCUGACGAGGCUGGUCCUGGCCGUCGGGGCCGUCUUCGUCGUCUGCUGGCUGCCCUUCUACGUGGUGCAGCUGGCCGGCCUGCUGGGACCCCGGCUGGGCGCCGCGCCGGCCCACGUGGCGCUGCUGCUCAGCUAUGCCCACAGCUGCGCCAACCCCAUCCUGUACAGCCUCCUCUCUGCCCGCUUCCGCCGCUCCUGCCGCGGGGCCCUCGCCCACCCACCCCGCUGCUGCCGCUCCCACUCCCGUCGCCCCCAAGAAGCGGUGGACGAUGAGCGGGGGACGGCCGAGAAAGAGGAGGAGGAGCCCCUGGACUACUACAUCAACGCCCUCGAGGGCAAGGCCGGGCCGGCCCCGACCCCUCCGCUGCCAUGCCAGCCCGAGGAUCCGGAGCCCAGAGGCGGGCCCGGCACCCUCACCAGCACCACCACCUUCUAGGCAAGAGCCUACCCUCCGGGGCCGACGCCUGGAUCCUCUCCCCACAACAGACCGAGGUCUGUCCACCCACGGCGGGCCUGGCGCCCUCACCAGCACCACCAUCUUCUAGGCGAGACCCUACCCUUCAGGACCGACACCUGAAUCUUCUCCCAAGGACAGACAUAGGCCCUCCCACCAGCCCCGUCCCCGGUGCCCUUUCCGCGGCAUCUCUGCCAGCUGCCAAGGACAGCAAGGAGACCUGACCUCUCUCUCUCCCCCACUCUUUCUCCAUCCUCCCCAGAACUGUGGGCGGCCCCCGGAACGCCUUUUCCCCAGGGAAGAUCAAUCAGGGGUACCUAUUGAGUGUGCCGAGCACUGAACUGAGUCCUUGAAGAACUGGGGAAUCGAGGCCUGUUCGGGACAAAGAGGGUCUCUCUCAGCUGCUACUCCUCCCUCCUGGAAAUUCCAGCAGGGCUGGGGCCAUAGUCCUGGUAAACUCACAGGGUGGACAUUGAGGGCCUCGAGGCAGGCACUUUUUCUCGAGUUGCCCUUGGGAAUGGAGCUGGUGGCCAAGACAGUAGGCAGGCAUGACCCUGCCAAAUGCUUGGGCUUUUCCGAGAAGCUACAGUUCACCACAGUCAUGCUCUCCUCCGUGGUCCAGCCCUGCUGCUCAUUUGAAGCUUAAGGUUUGUCUGCAGCCCAAGGUACCAGAUUCCUGGGGUUGGGGGAAGAAGGUUGCCAUGGUCACCCAGGAACAAACCUCUCCCAGCUGUGGUCCUCAUUGGGGAAGCAGCCCUCUACUCCAAGCAGCUGCUUCUCCUGCUAAAGCGAAGAGGUUUGGGGGCCGAGGAGAUACAUGUGUACCGUGCUCUGCACAUAGUAAAUGCUCAGUAAAUACCAUUGAGUGAUUGUACCCAUCCCCUAGUACUGUGCUCUGCACACAACAGCCACCCCAGCUCUGCAGAGAGUAGACCCAGGAUAAUGAUGAUGAUGAUGACGAUGGUGUGAGUGGAGGAUGAGCCAGAAGGGAAAAAUCGAAACUGUUUCCAGGCAAGAGAUGAUCCUUCGAAGUGAAACAGGAUUUUCUGUAAGCCUCCAAAACCCCAUUCUGGUGCAAGUGGCAAGCCAGGAUUCCAGCCAGUUUGGACUAAGGGAGACUGUCCCACCCUGGGCCAGCUGAAAACAUUAUGGGCAGCAAUCAAUCAAUGGUAUUUACUGAGUGCUUACUGGGUGCAUAGCACUAUACUAAGCACUUAGGA